AGAUGGAAAGCCUUGAUGAAUUGAUUUGUGAGCUUCAGGAUGAGGAAGUAGCAGCACCAGUCCAGACACCUGAACCAACCAUAAGGUGGACAAAGAGAGACAUCGAUGGAAACAUAAUAUAUUCCAGGCCAAGAUCAAGCAGGAACCAGUCAAAUCAGGCUGGUCCUAGUCGGAGAAAUGAUCCUCCCUUGGAUGCGCCUGACACUAGCCAUGAGUUGGCCUUUGCUCCAGAGACUGUUGAGUGUUUUCUACGAGAUCUCCAGCACUCAUUGAGCGAUACCUCAGAGGAUGACCAGGACGCAUCAGCCCGAACUGCUCCUUUCAAGGCUUCCUUGGAUUGGGGAACUAGAAAAAGUCUCUUUUCAGAACGGUGGAAGACAGAGAGGCCCAGUCUGGUGAACAACACAGUGGAACAAGAAGAUGUGGCAAACCGCAUCUGCCAACAGUGUGGGAGCAACCCAGCUGCUGUUCGGUGCCGUGACUGUCGACCAAGCCCCUUCUUCUGCGCUGAAUGUGAUGUAGGCAUGCACACCAGACAUGUCCUACACAACAGAGAUGCCAUGAUAGCGGGAUUCUUCCAGCCACUGCCUCCAUCAACUGUUGUUGUGGAUAAAGCCCUUUCCCGUUGUGGGAAGUCCUAG